CGUGUGAAAGAGCCUCAUAAGUGAACACAACCCAUUUUUGGUGAAAAACGACUUUCCAUUGAAGCGAAACAUCUAUGAUUCAGUUGAUAAAUACGAAUUAUCAUUUCAAACGAUGAGGUCAAUAACAUUAAGGUUAUUGAACACAAAAUCCCAGGAAGCAUUGAAGCGCUUGACUAAGAAACGAGUCUCUAUACGUUUUACUGAGACACUUGGUUGGCUUCCUGAAGGAAUUCUGGAUUUUUUCUUGAAAAAGAUAGUCUACAAGUCGGGAGCUAUCUGGUCUAAACAACAACGAGGGACCAAUUUACGUUUCUAGAGUUGAGGAUGGUUUGAUCGCUGCUCAAAAGCUCGAAGCAACUGAGAUCUGAUCUGAUUCAGAUCAGCUAUCUGGAAACCAAACUGGAAAAUACUACACUUAAAAGUCAGAGCUACGAAAACGAGGAACAAUACAAGUCUAAGGUUGAGGAUUGAUUGAUCGCUGUUCAAAAGCUCAAAACAACUGAGAUCUGAUAUUCACCUCUGUCUGAAAUCUUAUCUCUAAAAAUCUAAGUCUAAAAUACUAUAUCAAAAACCAGAGCUAUAAAAACGAGGAACAAUAUACGAGUCUAGAGUUGAGAAUUGUUUGAAUGUAAUAGCGUAGAUCUGAUCAAGAUUGUUAAGUCGAAAUAAUCUCAUGCGACAAUGAUGAACUUAUCAAAAACAACAUCGAACUUUACGAGGACUUCUGGUCUUCUACCCGUGGAGAAGCAGCUGAUGAUAGGAUUCACAGGGAUUCUUAUUCCUCUGAUUCUAACUGGUAACACCCUGGUGAUCGUCUCGUACAAGUCGAACCGCCGGCUUCACACACGUACCUACACGUUCCUGGUCAGCCUGGCUGUGUCUGAUCUACUAGUGGGCGGAGUCAAUAUUCCAUUGUGGAUUGGCUGCAUCGCACAUUAUGAUAUUUGCUACAAAGCUAUCUUUACCUUCACUGAUCUCUUCGGUGCCUUUGCUUCGAUACUACAUCUAACGGCAAUAACGAUCGAGCGCUACAUCGCGAUAUGUCAGCCGUAUUUCCACGAAACGUUGCCUGCUCGCUACCAUAAGGGGACUCUAAUAUUCGUCUGGGUGUUUUCGUCGACCAUGGCGUCGUUGUCCUGGUACAGGCCUUCGGAAACCUUUACACAGGCAUACAGUUGUAUUGUUUUCGUGGCGGGAUUUGUACUUCCAGUUACUAUAGUGAUAUCCAUGUAUAUAGGUAUCUUUAGAACUGCAAAAUCGUUAAUACGUCGUCAACAGAGACCAUAUUUGCCUGCAGUUGAGGGAGAAGGGAGGCAGCAUACGCGUAAGGAUCAAAAACUCGCUGUGACAGUAGCUGUAAUCUGUGGUCUCUUCAUCAUCGCAUGGCUGCCAUUUUUCAUCCUUUCGAUCAUCGCCGCUUUCUGUUACCGUGGCUGUUUUCCCGCCAAUGCUACAGACACGCUUCGGAUCGUUACGUCAGUCAAGUGGUUACAUUAUAGCAACAGUAUGGUCAAUCCUAUUGUAUACGCUCUUCGUGACGAGGAGAUGAGAAAUACGUUUUACAGGAUUCUACGGUUCAAGGCUUGUAGGAAUAAACUGACCAUACCCAAAGCGCCAUCGAAAACAAAUCUGGCUACAAAUUAUACUUAUAACUGUUCAAAUAAUAACCUUAUCGGAUCUAAGACACUUUUGUGAGGAUAGCUAUUAUUGUGUCACGUAAGACUACGUCAUGUGAUGUACAUGUCACGCGGUCAACUUAUCGAACAUUUCAUGUCGUGACGUGGUGAACAUAUCACGUGAUACUUUUUGAUGCUGUCUUCGGUGACUUCUCUAUUUAAUACGUGAUUGAAAUCCUCACUUGCGAUUGGUUAUGUAUCACGUGAUGUAGAAUCGUGAUAUGCGAUUGGGUAUAUACAUCACAUGGUUCACCGUGAUGUAUACAACACGCGUUUAGAAUCGUGACAAGUGAUUGGUUAUACACCACGUGAUAUCCAUACCACGUGGUAUAAACAAUCAAACUAUAUUGUGAUAUACCACGUGAUUGAAGACGACAUAAGUAGCUAUACAUCAUUUACAUCACUUGAAAAACCAUCACGUGGCGACACACAAUGUGGCAUGUGUCACGCGAUAUGCCCAUGGAAAAUGACAAAUAGGAUUCUUGAGUCCGAGAGUACAAACAUUCAUUACUUACUUAUUUAGGUUGGUCUUUACAUGGGACUCUUGCCCUGUUGACCAUGCCCUCAAUUAGAUCUAAACAUCUGGCUGU